AUGAGUCUCUCACCCGGAAUUGUUAAGAAGUGGAUCACGGAAGCACGGGAGCAACUUACGCAAGCCGAACAAAUCUGUAAUGAUGCGAAUACUUACAUUACCUUGACUACUACCAAAUUGACUUUACGCGAUGAUCGAUUGCCCAAGAUGAUCUUUUAUAUGGAUUCCAUUAAGCAGCAGCUUCGAUUGUUAGGAAUCAUUAGAGACAGUUUAGAUCUGAGCAUUAAUAAGUUAUUUGAUAAGAAGGUUGAUUUGAAAACUAAGCUCGACAAGGAACUUAGCGAAUUGAACAAGACAGUGACUUGUUUGAAGAAUGUCAACGUAGAUGAAGCCUUCAAUAAGGACAAACCUUCCCUUUUCUACUAUAUUUCUGAGGAUGAUCUACUUGUAUUAUUGGAAGAUGUUGACAAAACUACUAAGCAGAUUGACGAACUCAUCAAGAACAAUCGUACCGAUGCCCUACUGAUAAGGAUGGGAUCUGAUUUGGAUAAUCUUCUCAAUGAGUUCAACGCUUUAGAGACAAAUUUUAAUGUUCAUUCCAAACCUAAUGGUGACAACUCCAAAGUUAAGGAUUCAGUAACUCGGCUAUUAAAAAUAAAUAGCGAACUGGAGAUGGAUCUGGUCUCGAUAUUAGAAGGAUUCAAUCGUCAUUACGACCAAUGCAUGAAAUGCUCAGAGAUGUUAAAUGAUGAUUCCGUGAGUCUGCAGGACUUACAGGACCUACAAAAUGCUUUAGUCAGCGAUAUCAAAGAGCUACCGCAUGCCAUGGUGUAUCUUAAGGGCGAUCGAGAUACUGUAGUGAAAAAUUGCAAAGAGAUAAUCAAGAGCGUUGGAAUAUUCCAGACCUUCUAUGAUCAAGUAGAGAGUUUUAUAAAGGAACUUACAGAGUAUGGAAAUACUAAUUUGAAAAGACAGAUGAACGACUUCAAUGUCAUCGAUACAAAAUUAACGGCCAACCUCGAGAAACUGGACGAAUUGAAGAAAACGGUAAUCAAUUACACUCAGGAUUUUAACCAGUUCAUCGUAUCGUACUAUUCGUUGGUAUUAGAGAUCAGCAGAAGGGUGAAUGCCAACAAGAAACUUGAAGAUCUGAUUGAAAACUUUAAGAUCAACAUCUGUGAGAUGAUUAAUAAUGAUUACGAUCAACGAAUACAGUUCAUGAGCCUUCACGGUGAUUUCCUACCUGAGAAUUUGGUCUCUCCACAGCUCAUUAAAGAUACCCCACCUAGAGUGGAAAUAAAUCUUUCUACAGAGGAUCUUCCUGUGCUGGCGAAAGAGUCGAUAGCAGAAGCGCUAAAGAAGAUAUGA